AGUGGAAUUUUCUUCUUUUCACUCAUAGUUCUUUUACUAGGGAUUUUCGUAUUAUGUCAACACUUGUUGAAGUCAUUACAAAUCAAAUUAUUAUAGAGGCGGUUCUGUGUUCGACUUUUAAAAAAGUUAACUUUUCCUGUUUAUUCAAUUAUAAAAAGUAUAAGCUUAUUUUCUGGCAGAAGAUGUCUGGUGAUGUUCAAACAAGAAAACGGAAAGAGAAAAAACGUAAAAAGGAUGAAGAAGAUAACAUUAUACCAUCACCUUCUCUGGGAAAUAUUAAUGAAAAUUUGAUAGAUAAUGUAACUAUACAUAUUUAUAAAGAAAGUACCACAGGAGGACAUUGGUGUGCUCGAAUUAUAUUCUUUAUUAUUUUAAUAAUGCUUGUGGGUCUAAUUGGUAUAGUUAUCUUUGAGCAUAGGGGUACUACAGAUAUCAGUACUCCAUUAGAAUCUUCUCGUUGGGCUUUUAUAUUUGAAGGAUGGGUUGAUGAUUCUGCAUUAUUAUCUAAUGAAGAAUCACAUGAUAAUGAACAAGAAACUAGAGAAAUAAAAAAGGAAACAAAAGAUGAUGAAGAUAAAAAAACUAUAGAAAUUAAAAUUUCUAAUGAAGAAGAAAUUCAAGAAGAUGAAAUAUCAAAUGAACAGACAGAGGAAGAAAAAGAAACAAUAGAUGAAAAUGAAUCAAAUGAAGAACAAAAUAUUUUUCAAAGUAAAGAAGAAGAAUUAAACCAUGAAUUUGAAGACAGAGAACAACAAGAAGAUAUAUUGGAAGAAGAUAUUACAUCAGAAGAAUUUGAUGAUAUUAAUGUGCUAGAAGAAAUAUAUAGUAUUAGUACAGAAAAAUUUUCAGAUGAAAAAAAUAUUUUAUAUGAAACAGAUAGUCAAUUUGAUAAAAUAAUAAAAAUAACAAGAAAUGAAGAUGAAAAAUUUGAAAAUUUUUUGGAUAUUCCUGGUAUUAAUGAAAUUAAUGAUGACAAUUUAGAACCUUUAGAAGAGGUAGAAAACAUAGAACCUGAAGAAUAUGUUAAUGAUAUAGAUGUAAAGCCAGAAAUAGAAGAAAUAGAAGAAGAAUCUGCUAAUGUGGCUAUGAAGUUUGGAGUUGGUGUGGCACUUAUUGUUGCUGCACAUUUUGUCCUUGUGAAACGGUGGAAUAAUGGUAAAUAUAAAAAUAAAAAAAUAGAAACAAAAGAAUUUAAAGAAGAAAAAAGAAAAAUAGAAAUAAUAAAAGAACAGACUAGUUCACAACAAAAUAAUAAAAUUGAAGAUGAGGAGGAAAAAGAAAUAGAAGAUGAAAAUGAGAGAGAGGAAGAAGAGGAAGAAUUAAUAGAAGAGGAAGAGGAAGAGGAAGAGAAAGAGAAAGAGGAAGAGGAAGAGGAAGAGGAAGAGGAAGAGGAAGAGGAAGAGGAAGAGGAAGAGGAAGUAGAAGAUGAAGAAGAGGAAGAAGAUAGAUAUAAAACCAAUGAAAAAUAUGACAAAAUAGAUGAUAAAGAAAAAGAACAAAGAAGAAUAUUAGAAAUAGAAAAUCAAAAUGAAAAAUGGAAGAGAAAACAUAAAGAAAAUAAAAACAUUGAUAAAAUGAAACAAAAAAAUCAAAUAGGAAUUGAUCAAAAAACAAUAUCAAAAGAAGAAGAAACAGAAGAAGAAAUUGAAGAUUUUGAUGAUUCUGAAUUGAUUGCAAAAUUGGAGGCUCGGUAUGGAAAACUACAAAAUGAUAAUUAAAAAGAUAGUGAACAUGAAAAAGAAAUAAUGAUCAAGAAAAAAUCAGUCCAAUAAUAUUAAAAAAUAAAAAAUAAUUUAUCAUAUUGUAUCAUAUCAUAUAUAAUA